AUGCGUCGUCCUAGAAUUUCUUCGCUUCCCUCUACUGAGGAGACGCUCAAGCACCCAGCCUACUUAACCACUCUGUGGGCUCUGGAGCCUACCUCUCAAGGCAAGCUGUCUGUGGCCGAAGGUCGCGGUGGUCCGGUUGGUAUUGCAUGGGAAAUUCACGGCGAAGGACCCGUCAAGCUUGUGCUUGUUAUGGGCUUGGCAAGUGUCAAGACUUCAUGGCAGCGUCAAACGCUACACUUCGGCCAUGAGCACGGUGACAAGUACUCAGUUCUGAUCAUCGACAACCGUGGAAUGGGCGCCAGCGACAAGCCUUUGGGUAUCUACUCCACGAGCGGCAUGGCACUCGAUAUCAUCGAGGUUAUCGACCAUGUUGGCUGGACAGGCGAACGCGAGAUCAACCUCGUAGGUAUCUCCAUGGGCGGCAUGAUAACCCAAGAGAUUGCUAUUCGUAUCCCUGAGCGUCUGCAAACCCUCACCCUCAUCUGUACAUCGGCGCGCGUUCAAAAUACAACGGGCUUCAUGGAGACACUCACGGAUCGCAUGAGCUGGCUGAUUCCUAAAUCCAUGGAGCGCGCCAUCGUUGACACAGCUCUCAAGCUCUUCACACCCGAGUGGCUCGUCGCACCAGAUGACGAGAUACUACCCGAGCCCGGCGUCACUCCGAAAUGUGGCCCACCACCGCCAGAGGCUGGUCCAACAUAUCGCCUGUUCGACUCCAACUUUCAGCGUUUCCAAGCUCAAGAACUCACCAAGAAGCGUAAUCCUGAAGUCUUCAGCAGCACUAUGCUCAUGUGUCAACUUGCAGCGGCGGCCAUGCAUAACAAGUCAGACGAGCAGCUGCGCCAGAUAGCAGAGGCUGUUGGAUCUGAACGUAUUACUGUCAUGCAUGGAAAACGCGACAACAUGAUCACCUUCCCCAAUGGUGAGAGACUUAUCAAUGUGUUGAAGCCAGGUACUGUCCAUAUUGUGGAUGAUAUGGGACAUGCUCCCAUUCUGGAGCGAGCAGAGUGGUUUAACAGUGUAUUAGAGGAAGAGUUGAACAUGUGGACCAAGCCGAAGGAGGAAUGA